CUUGGUGGUGGUGGUGGCCAAGGCGGCAGCGGCGGCGACAGCUCUGGGGUUUGCGUCUCGGGGUGUGUCGGCCGCCGCUGCUGCUCCGGCCUGGUAUGUACAGAUGGCUGGUUAGGAUUCUCGGCACCAUUUUCCGCUUCUGCGACCGGUCGGUGCCCCCUGCCAGGGCUCUCCUGAAGAGGCGGCGCUCGAGCAGCACUCUGUUUUCUACAGUGGACUCUGAUGAAAUACCUGCUAAAAGACCAAGAUUAGAUUGCUUUAUUCACCAAGUGAAAAACAGUCUCUACAAUGCUGCCAGCUUAUUUGGAUUCCCAUUCCAGCUGACCACAAAGCCUAUGGUGACUUCUGCUUGUAAUGGAACACGGAAUGUGGCCCCUUCAGAAGAGGUAUUUUCGAACUCUUCAUCUUGUGAACUGACAGGUUCUGGAUCCUGGAACACCAUGCUGAAACUGGGUAAUAAAUCUCCUAAUGGAAUAAGUGACUAUCCAAAGAUCAGAGUGACAGUAACCCGAGAUCAACCACGUAGAGUCCUGCCUUCCUUUGGCUUUACUCUAAACUCAGAAGGCUAUAAUAGAAGACCAGGCGGCCGUCGCCAUAGCAAGACCAAUCCAGAGAGUUCCUUAUUGUGGAAACCUCAGGAACAGGCUGUAACAGAAAUGAUUUCUGAAGAGGGUGGCAAGGGUCUGAGACGUCCCCAUUGUACCGUGGAGGAGGGUGUUCAAAAAGAGGAAAGAGAGAAGUACCGAAGAUUAUUGGAGCGACUUAAAGAAGGUGGUCAUGGAAACUCUAUCUCACCUGUGAUUUCACAUCAUCACAGUUCUCAAAGAAGUCAGAUGGACACAUUAAAGACCAAAGCCUGGGGGGAGGAGCAGAAUCACGGAGUCAGAGCAACUCAGUUUUUUCCAAAACAAUAUAGAGUUGCUGAAACCAGAGGACCUCUAUGUCCAAUGAGAAGUGAAAAGAGGUGUUCAAAAGGGAAAAUUUCUGAUACAGAAAAGAUGGUGGGAAUCAGACUUGAAAAUGAAGGUAGGAGGGGACACCGAAUGGAGCCUGACCUAUCCGAAGAAGUGUCAGCUCGACUCCGCCUGGGCAGUGGAAGCAAUGGAUUACUCAGGAGGAAAAUGUCAAUACUUGAGGCAAAGGAAAAGAAUUUCUCAGGCAAAGAAAGGGAUAGAAGAACAGAUGAUCUCCUUGAACUUUCAGAGGAUAUGGAAAAAGAAAUCAGUAAUGCCCUAGGCCAUGGCCCAUCGGAUGAGAUCCUAAGUAGUGCUUUCAAAUUGCGAAUUACUCGAGGAGAUAUCCAGACCUUAAAGAACUAUCACUGGCUCAAUGAUGAGGUUAUUAAUUUUUACAUGAAUCUUCUAGUGGAAAGAAAUAAAAAGCAAGGCUAUCCAGCACUUCAUGUAUUCAGCACUUUCUUCUAUCCUAAAUUAAAGUCUGGGGGUUACCAAGCAGUGAAAAGGUGGACCAAAGGGGUUAAUCUCUUUGAACAAGAACUUGUUCUGGUGCCUAUUCAUCGGAAGGUACAUUGGAGCCUUGUGGUGAUGGACCUAAGAAAAAAGUGUCUUAAAUACCUGGAUUCUAUGGGACAAAAGGGCCACAGGAUCUGUGAGAUUCUCCUUCAGUAUUUACAGGAUGAAAGUAAGACCAAAAGAAAUAUUGAUCUAAAUCUUUUAGAGUGGACCCACUACAGCAUGAAGCCACAUAUUGGAGUCUGUAGUUCUGUGUCCUCUGAGAGAUGCCAGCCCAGGGAGAAAAGUAUGAGGCACCUAGCAUAUGAGAUUCCUCAACAGUUGAAUGGGAGUGAUUGUGGAAUGUUUACUUGUAAAUAUGCAGAUUAUAUUUCUAGGGACAAACCUAUCACAUUUACUCAGCACCAGAUGCCUCUCUUCCGGAAGAAGAUGGUGUGGGAAAUCCUUCAUCAGCAGUUGCUGUGAGAAAGCCCCGCCUGCUCCCUCUAGCUGCUGGUGGUUCUUUCACGGACGUUUCCAUAUACCUCAUGCAUUGUGGGUUAAAAAGUCCCUGCAUCAUUUCUGUUCUCUCACAGGUACUGAGCUGUCAAAAGUGCAUGGAGGCCCCUCGCUGCACUACAGUCCUGACUUGGGGUGUGGAGGGGCUGCUUGCAACCCUGUCUGUAAGGCUGUGCCUGCUCAGAGCCCUGGACUGUUCAACCCACACAAGAACAAACGCUAACUAUUAUGUUUUUUGUUUUAAAGAGUUCUUUCCCUAUGAAUGUGGGAAAUGCAGGAUUUAUUCUAUGAAUUUUUUUUUUCUUUUCUGUGUGUUUGUUCACGUGCAUUCAUUUGCUCACUCAUUUGCAAAUAUUGGGCAGUGGCCGUUUUCCACUGCUCUUUUACAGUUAACUCUAAAUUACUUGUUUGAACUAUUUAUUUCUGAAAGGAAUGUUAAUCAAACUGCCACUCCCUGCUGAAGAUCAGGAGGGACAUCAGUGGGGAGAGGAAGGAAGUGUUAAUUAACUUUUCUAUUGCUGGAGCAGUAACUGCCAACUUGAAGUAAGGGGUCUCCCCAUUUUUGAGGCUGGAAAAUGCCAGGAUAAACAAAAAUGCUGUGUUGUCGGGGCCGAUGGCUUUCAGAGGAAAUAUGACACUCCAGCGUCGGCACAGUGUUGUGGAGAAGUAGCAGUGUGGCCGAGGAGGUCUGGCCAUCCAUGUAUCUUCAGAAGAGUGUCAUGGUCAUCUUAGAGACACUUCCCUUUCUGGAAUUGAGGUGACUUGGUUGACUCUUGAAACUGGAUUCAAAGUAACUAUAGACCCUAAAUCUUCAUUUUCAUCCUAUAUGUGUUUGAAUAUAAACCUCAGUAAGGGUUGGCCAGAGCUCUCCAUGUCACAGGACAGUAUUCAGUUUAAAGCUCUGUUUUUCCUCAAAGUUUUUUUUUUUUUUAAAGCUAAAAUGCAGUUUUUUACUCAUUAAAAUUAACAUCCCCCACUCCACCCCAUUCAGAUCUGUGGAAGAAGACGUAGCACUUGGCUCUGGGUUAUAUAAUAAUCUAUUUUGCAUAUGAAAGUUUGUAUUUAACUUUUUGUUCAUUAAAAAUAUUACAGAUGUGGUUAUGCAGUUUUAAUUUCAGAAAGUUUAGAGUUGGUCAGAACAUAUUUUGCAAGAUCUAGUGCCUAGUGUUGCUUUUAUGAUGUAAUAAAAGGUUGUCUGGCAGAACCUGAAAAGUAUAUGCUGAAAUGAUUUCUCACCCUUUCCUUGCUUUAACCUUCCAAACUUGUUCUGGUACAUAAAAGUGAGCGGUAAAACUGGAAAAAUUGGGUGUCUGUCAGCUAUUAAUCUAAAUGUCUACCACUUGGAGGGCCUGGGAUGCAAUAUAACUAUCACAACCAGUUUUCCUGUGACUUUAAAAGUCCUGGAAUGGGACGUGGUGCCUGCCAUGUGAACUGAUGCUGCUAUGCCUACUAGGUGACCAGAUCAGAGGCUGUGUGGUCAGGUGAGAACUAAAGGGCUAGGUGAUUGUACCAACUCUCCCUCAGGCUGGGGUUGCACAGAGCACCCUUCCUGAAGCCAUGACCCUCUCCCCGGGGCUUGUAGGGCUGGGCCAGUGAGUAUUGAGAUCAAGCAGCUGCCACAGCCAAAAAAGCCCAGGGGGUUUACUGGGUCUGCACUCUACUGGCACCUGGUUUCCACUGGGCAUCAUCCUAUUUCACUUGAGAAUUUAGAACCUUGGUUUAAAUUUGUGCCACGAUGGGUUAGUCUGGUUUGGAAUGGAAGUUUGUAUUCUGCCCAGAUGAAUGACGCUGGAAGCUGAUGGAGUAUUUUAGGGGCCUUUUAAGAGCAGCUUUCACUGACCUUUCCAUGAUGUUUACUCUUCAGAAAAACUCUAAAUAAUCUUCCAGGACAUAAUGAAAUUGGUAAGAUCAGAGUAUUAAGCUAGAGAGUAGCAUUUUUUUUUACCAUAAGUUUCUGUAUUUAAGGAGAAAUACAGCAGGCCAGCGUUCCCUAGGCACUGACAUGUCUUCCUUGAUGCAAAGCCGCAUGUUGGUGAUAGAACCUUUAUGUCUAAACAGUUUAUGAAAAAAAUGGUCAGGUGAUAAAAGUAGCUGUUGAUUAUAUCAGUAGCAAGUUAGCAGCAUUAAAACUAGUGAUUUUUCUUUUUUAAAUUGUAGUAGUUUGGGACCCAAUAAAAGGUGCAAUAAACCAUGGUUCUUUUUGUUCUUUCUCUCUCUCUCUCUCUCUCUCUCUCUCUCUCACACACACACACCACGUUUCCCCUUUUUGUUUCGUACUGGGGACUGAAUGUAGGGCCUCUCGCAUGCUAGGCAAGCACUCUACCACUGAUGGGCUGGGGUUGCAGC